CUAACUAGAAAGUCUGUUUUCAUUGCAAAUAAUGAUGGCUGAAAAGAGGUGAUAAUUCUAUUGGAAGAUGUCGAAGGCUCUGAAAACAAAUCCAUGUGAACUCCUUUAAUAUCAUUGCUCUGAAAAGCAGCUCAUCCAAUUCUGUAUCCACAAAGCUAAAGAAGGGCCUAGGGAAAGUCGUCGGUUCUCCACCUAAAGUGUGAUCUCAAGAAAAGACCAUAUUAAAUACUGUGCUCUACUGCAGAUGUCUCGUCUCCAUAGAUCAUCCUGAUGUUAAAUUUUUUGAGGUGUUUGGUCCCUCCUCUGCUCUGGUAUACCUACUGAACCCCUACUCCAUAGUCACCUGUGCUGGCUUCUCCACCAUCACCCUCACUAACCUCUCAGUCACUGCAGCUCUAUCCACCAAACUGAGAGUGACCACCCAGUGUUUCUGGCGUACAUUCUCCUCUCUGUGACGACCUUGUUCAAGUCCUACCCGUGUCUGGGUGACCUCACCGUCCCACUAGCACUCCUGCCACUCUGGACACACACAUUCAGAUACCUGCGCUACACCCUGGUGGUGGUGGUCAUGUUCCUGGCCUCCUCUCUCCUCUGUCCUGUCCUCUGGUAUGCAGGCAGUGCUACCGCUAACUUCUUCUUUGCCAUGAUUCUCACUACAGCUCAAGUCAGUAACAGGAGUACAUUAUGAACCCCAUGAUCUUCCUAGUGGCUGAUGUGAUCUAGUCCACCAGUACGACCUCAAACACGGUCUACCAAUGCAAGACUGGACCAACUGGGCAAACCAGUCAAACUGAAACUAUAAUUUAUUGAGAGCUAGAUAGAAAUUCAUGAAUAUCCUGAUUUUGUGUAAUUUCUGUUGUUUUGCAGUCACAAAUAUUAUUAGGUGAGGUUUGGGUUAUCUACCACAUAAUUUUUUUAUGUCUUGACUUAAAUCCGGUGAAUGUUAGAUCUACCUCCAUAUAUCACUGUCCAUGCUAUGGCAUCCAGAAUACGGGACUACCUGUACAUUCUAAUGAAGGAUGUCCAAGGAGAGAAGGCUCCAGGGAAGAUCAUAUUAAUAGAAGGUCCAAAACCUGUUCGAGUGUUACGAGGUGAACUGCUUGCCGAGAUUCCCCGACAAGAUCAAGAGUGGUUAGUACACGAUGAUGGAAGACCACCUCACAACUUUCGCUCCACAAGAGACCCCAGUGUCACACUGUAUGGUGGUGAAGACGAUGAGUUCGAUCAUGUGUCUCCACUGAAUGGCAGAGAUCUACAGCUUUUGGAAGCUAUUGAGAACCUUUGUGAUCGAUUCGCUGUGUUCUCUGAAGACGGUAAGCUGGAAUGGGGUGGCAAGCUGAAGAGAGGUGACCAGGUCCAUGUAAGGCUCCCUGGUGAUAAUCCAAGUGCACCCACCUGGUCUGCUGGUGUAGUGAGACAUGUUGGACCCGUAGCGUCAUUACCAGGGAGGAACUUUGGAGUGGAGAUUAAGGAUUCUUGUUACCUUGGGAAAGGCAUCAGUGAUGGUUUCGUUUCGGGAUUCAGAUAUUUUGAGUGUGAUAAAGACUGUGGUCUCUUUGUGUCUCUGGAUAAGCUUGCUGCUAAACCACCUCACCAAGUGCCCCAUGGUGUCACACGUCAGCAGCUAAAGAGCUUUUCUCCACCAGGGGUCAACUCUUCUACCCAAUGGUCACCUAUCGAUAACCCCCCUACAUGUAUGUUCAAGAUCAAUGAUCGUGUGGUGGUCUUCAACAAGAAGAAUGUACCCAUGGGUGGAACUGUUCGCUGGAUUGGUAGAGAUUUACAGACUAGAAUACUGGACACCAACCACAUAGGGAUUGAAACAGAUUGGGUUGCUGUCACUAAUCUCUUCCCUAAAGCACUAACUGGAAUAACUCACUUAUUCAAGACUACACCUGGUCAACGUUUAGUGGUCCCUGAGCACCUUGUGUUUAGAGAGGAGUUGGCCAUCACUCGCAACCCCCCAGCUAAAGAUGUUGACCUUUCAGACCCAGCAGCUGCUGCACGAGAGGAGGGCUUGAGUAAGAGACAGUUAAUGGCAAAGCAGGAAAAGGCUUUGAAGGAUGCUGAAGAGGCUAAGAGAAAGGAAGCCAAAAAGAAAGCUGCAGAGGAAACCAGAAAAACUGCGGAGGAAAAAAAUAAAAAAGCCGAUGCAGACCCAGCAGCUGUUGCACAUGAGGAAGGCGUGAGUAAGAGUGUCCAUGGUGCGACACGUCAGCAGCUAAAGAAGUCUACUCUACCAGGUGCCAACUCUUCUACGUUUGAUACACCUGUCGAUAAGCCCCCUUCUCAUCACUUCAAGAUCAACGAUCGUGUGCAACAUCGAAACGCUCCACCACAAGUACCUCAAGAGUACAAUGCCUUGGUAGGAAGCUCUAACCCCUACAACCUGGCAGUGGGUUCAACUGUUCAAGUGGCAACUAUAAACCCCAAUGACCCACCACACUAUGGAGUGAUCAGGUGGACUGGCAGCGUAGCUGGAGUGGAUGGUCAGGUGGCAGGGAUUGAACUAGAGGACUACAUGGACAAAUGUACUGAUGGAACUCUCAAAACUACAGGAGAGAAGCACUUUACCUGUGCUCAUGGUAAAGGGUUGUACUUCCCACUGGCUAGCCUCCGUCCUGAUAAAAGGUUUGGACUACAAGCUGGACAUGCUGCCACAUCAAUAGAGAAUCCUAUACAAAUCCCAAUGGAGAAGCAAACAGAUCAGUUCAUUAAUGACCCCACUGAGCAAAUGAUGAGGUACAUUGGAUUGUACCGUGGUAUCCAGGGUCACCAGAACUCCUGCUACCUGGACUCCACUAUCUUUGGUCUGUUUGCCCUCAGUGAUGUCUUUGACUCCAUGUUCCUGGCACCAAUCACCACUGAUCAGAACAGGAAACGUGUAGCUGACUUACUGUGGAAGGGAAUCGUCAAUCCUCUCAGAAAGAAUGGUGUGGUGAGGUUUGAGUCAGUGAUGAAGAUGAGAAAUGCUCUGGAAGAACUCGGGAAGAUGGAGGGAAUCACUGAGAAGGAGAAAGAUCCUGAAGAGUUUCUGAAUAUGCUCUUCAAACACAUGCUACACACGAAGCCAUUCAUCUCCAUUAGGCGUCCGUUUGGUGUGGAUCAAGAGUUCUUUGUCCAACUGUUUGUGGAGCCAGAUCCUAACAUCAGACUACCCACUGUGGGGGUACUCAUUACCAUGAUGUUCAAGGAGCAAAAGAUCUCAUUUACCAAGAUCCCAUCGAAACUUCUCAUUCAACUGCCACAAUGUAGAUGGGAGUUCAAGACUUACCCAAAAAGUAUGCCUGAUCUGAAGCUGAACAUUGCAGAGAUCACAGACUCAGGCAAAACCCCUCCUUGUAUGAUCUGUGGAGAGCUGUCCCAAUACAAGUGUUCCGAGUGUGUGGGUGAGCAUGAUGUCAGUGGCUAUGUGUAUUACUGUACCACUUGCUGUCCACUGGCCCACAAGAAGGAUGAGAGAAAACAGCACAAGCCUGAGCCUGCACUGAUCAACAAUAAUGAGCUGUACAAGUUGGACCCCCUCUCUGUGAUCUGUAUUGAGACCAGUCACUACGUCUGCUUCACUAGAGACCUCAAUACAAACACAUGGCUCUUCUUUGACAGCAUGGCCAACAGAGUCUAUGACACGUACAACAUUCCACGUGUGACUGACUGCACUCGUGAGCUGAAUGAGUGGGUGUAUGAGGGAGACCAGGACAGGUUGAUCAACACACCACCAAGAGAGCUACCAGAGUUGGUCCGACGAUUCACUCAAGACAUUUACAUGUGUGUCUAUGUUCAGCCUGAUGUCGCUAUGUAUGACGAUGGUGACGAGGAGGAUUAUCUAAAUCCAGUCAGAGAGCCUUACUCCAUUGUUAGUGAAGGUGUUGUCCCAACAGUGCCCAAGCUGAAGGAGAACAAGGAUGAUGUCAUUGAGGAGCUUAAACAAGAAAACAGAAAUCUUCAACAGAGAAUCGAAACCAAUCAGGCUGAACAAUCUAAACUAUUAGAAGCUGAGCUGCAACGAUACAAUGAGCAAGAACGUACCACCUCUCAAGAAAUGGCUGAGAAAGAAGAGCAAAUACAACAUCACAAAAUGGAAAAGCACCAACUGGAAAGGCAAAAGCAAUACUUUCAACAACAGGCUCAAGACAUGCAACGAAGGCUCGAGGUGGCAGAGAGCAAAACAAGUCAGUCAAAGUUUUCUAAGCUCCAGAUUCCGCGACUAGACCAAGACUCGUGGAAUGUACGAAGACAAGAAGUUGUAUUACAAGACAACCUAGGACAUGGUGCUUGGGGAUCAGUGUGUCGAGGAUUGUUCCGUGGUCAGCAAGUAGCAGUAAAGUGUGCACACAAAGAAAUACUCCACGAAAACACGAUCGAUCAGCUCAAGAGAGAGAUUUGA